AAAGUCAAAAUCUUUAUCACCUUCAUCAUAUUGCUCACUGUGUUUUGCUUUCUUUCUGCUUCCUUUCUGCAUUGGACUGGUAACAUUUCCAAACCAUCACCUGCAGAUAAUCAAAUCACAGUUGGAACUUCAAAUAAAAAUAUUUCAUAAUCUAGGCCUGAAUGAGUCAAGCUACUAUUCGAGGAAGCUUGCAAGAGGGUCUGCAAGAUGCAGCAUCAGUUGGAAUUACAAAUGAUUUUGAGAAGAAUGAGGGGAGAUAUGAAUUCUCUCAUUUUUUGCCUUCAUCCAUCAAUGAAAAGCUGAGAAAACCUUUCAAUUGUUGUUUUUCCAAGAAGAUUUGUUGGCCAUCUCUCGGGAGAAGCUGCAAAAAAUGGAUUAAGAACCCUUUGAACAUGGCCCUUUUUUUAUGGACAGUUUGUGUUGCUGUUUCAGGAGCAAUUCUGUUUCUCGUCAUGACAGGAAUGCUGAACAAAAUCCUUACUAAGCAGUCACAAAGAAACUCAUGGUUUGAGUUCAACAACCAAUUUCUCAAUGCACUAUUUACUCUCAUGUGUCUAUACCAACAUCCAAAGAGGCUCCACCAUCUUGUACUUCUUUGUAGGUGGAAGCCAAAUGACAUCAUAAUCCUAAGAAAAACAUACUGCAAGAAUGGCACUUGCAAGCCUCGUGAAUGGAUGCAUAUGAUGGUGAUAGUUCUGUUACUUCAUGUUAAUUGCUUUGCUCAAUAUGCCCUUUCUGGCCUUAACUGGGGUUUCAGUAGAUCGGAUAGGCCUAUUGUUGGGGUUGUUAUAUGCAUCUCCAUUGCAAUUGCUGCUCCUUCAGUUGCAGGAGUUUACUCAAUUGCGAGCCCUCUUGGAAAAGAGUAUGAAACUGAAGAAGCACAGAACAAUAUUCCUGUUAGUAAUACAUUUACAUCAAGAAAUGAGCAUAGUAUUGCUGAGUACACACCUCAAUGGAAAGGGGGACUAUUUGAUCUUUGGGACAAUCUUUUUGUGGCAUGUCUCACUCUCUUUUGUAGUUUUUGUGCCUUUGGAAGGAAUAUGCAGAGACUUCAUUUUGGUAACAUGUUUGUUCACGUUGCAACUUUUCUACUCCUCUGUGUUGCUCCCUUUUGGAUAUUCAACAUGGCUACCAUCAAUAUUGAAGAUGAGCCUGUGAGAAUAGUUCUGCGGUUGAUUGGUAUAUUUCUUUGUGUGUUUGGUUUACUCUACGGUGGCUAUUGGAGGAUUCAGAUGAGGGAAAGAUUUAACUUGCCACCAAAUAAAAUUUGUUGUGGGAAUCCAGCAGUGACAGAUUGCAUACAGUGGCUAUUGUGUUGCUGGUGUUCCCUUGCACAGGAAGUAAGAACUGCAGAAUUCUAUGACAUAGUUGAUGACAACUCUUUCUGCCAAAAACAGACUGAAAAGUCAGAAGAUUAUUCAAUUCUCUCAGAAAUUGAGUUUUCAAGAGAAAGAAAGAAAAAUGUUAUGGAAGCGCCCAUUCCCCUCACAAUUCAAGUUGAUGAUAAUGACAUCAAAAGAACAUAAAGAAGAAAAACCUCGAUUAUAUAAAAGGCUUUUAGCAGUCACGUAUUAAUUUCAAAAUAGACUUGUACAUUUGCAAUAUUUGAACAUCUUUUUUCGAAUCAAUUUGUAGGGUGUUACCUUGUGUUUGAUAAUUU